AUGACUGACUAUACUCAAAGUCAAUUAACUUCACAGUUGAAGAAAUUAAAUACAAAUGAUUCAAACAAGAGCCCCAAAAAGAAUAUAGAAGAGGAUGUUUUUACCAAGAAUGGAAAUCAAAAUUUUAAUUUACCACCAGAAAUUCACCCAUUAACUAAAAUAGUAUCACCAUCUGAUCCAUUAGAUCUACAACAAAUUCGUCAAGUUAAUCAAAAUCAAAAUGGUUUAUCUCAUACAAGUUCUUCUUCAUCAAUAUCAUCAUUAGCAACAGAAAUAAUGAAUCCACAGAAUCUACAUCCUACAAUUUCACAACAAUCACAAUCGAACAUAGUACAACCACAACCUCAACAUUCUUCAUUUCGUCGUAAAAAUUCAAUACAUAAAUUUAGUCGAAGUCAAUUUAGUUUAGGAUCUUCAUCAACUACUCCAAGUUCAACAACAAAUUUACCAAAUGGUUCAAACUCUGCAGCAAAUUCAAAUUUACAUAGUAUAUGUAAUUCACCAAAAGAUAUAUUUGUUAGAGAACCUCCAAGAAUUCAUUCAAAAUUAUAUUGUGAUGAAGUUGGAAUAAAUAAUAAAACUGCAAAAGAAGUAUUAUCAAGAUUAUCAUCUGAUGAAUUAAGAUCUGUUAAAACUCAUACUGAAUUAGCAGAAACUGCAAAUGGUGUUAGAAUGUUGGCUAAAAAUUUAUCAAAAGCUACAAUUCAAUUAGAUGUUAAAGCAAUGAUGAUUAUAACAAAAGCAAGAGAUAAUUCAUUAAUUUAUUUAACUAGAGAAGUUGUUGAAUGGUUAUUUACAAAACAUCCAAGUGUAACUGUAUAUGUUGAUGAAAAAUUAAAAGAUUCAAAAAGAUUUAAUAGUAAAGGUAUAUUAGAAGAAUUUCCAACUUCUUCUAAUAAUUUAAAAUAUUGGAAUAAAAAAUUAGCAUUAAAAUCUCCUGAAUUAUUUGAUUUGGUGGUAACAUUAGGUGGUGAUGGAACUGUAUUAUAUGUUUCAAAUUUAUUUCAAAGAAUUGUACCACCAGUAUUAUCAUUUGCAUUAGGAAGUUUAGGAUUUUUAACAAAUUUUAAAUUUGAUCAAUAUAAAGAAAGAAUGAAUCAUUGUAUUGAUUCAGGUGUAAAAGCAAAUUUAAGAAUGAGAUUUACUUGUAGAGUUCAUAAUUCAGAAGGGAAAUUAAUAUGUGAACAACAAGUAUUGAAUGAAGUUGUUGUUGAUAGAGGUCCUUCUCCUUUUGUUACACAAUUAGAAUUAUAUGGUGAUGGAUCUUUAUUAACUAUAGCACAAGCUGAUGGAUUAAUUAUAGCUACUCCUACAGGUUCAACUGCAUAUUCAUUAUCAGCAGGUGGAUCAUUAGUUCAUCCAGGAGUAAGUGCAAUAAGUGUUACACCAAUUUGUCCACAUACGUUAUCUUUUAGACCAAUAUUAUUACCUGAUGGAAUGUUUUUAAAAAUAAAAGUUCCAUCAAGUAGUAGAUCAACUGCAUGGUGUUCUUUUGAUGGUAGAGUAAGAACAGAAUUGAAAAAAGAUUAUUAUGUAACUGUACAAGCAUCACCUUUCCCUUUCCCAACAGUUAUAUCUUCAAAAACAGAAUAUAUUGAUUCAGUAAGUAGGAAUCUACAUUGGAAUAUAAGAGAACAACAAAAACCUUUCAGUUCAUAUUUAAAACCAGAAACAAGAAGAAUGAUUGUUGAAAAUGAUGAUACUGCCAAAAAGGAUGAAACAGAUGAUGAAGAAGAAUUUGAUAUAGAUUAUAGUGAUCAAGAUAUAAUAGAGGAAAAAUCAAAUACAAGUAAUGAUUCAAAUAAUACUGAAGAAUUGGCAUUUUUACCAGCUAAUGGUGGAACUGCUACUCCUCAAACUUUCCAUAAUCAAGAUGAUAGAUGUUGUUACGCUCAUCCUCAUGCUAGAGUACACUUAAAUGGGAGUUAA